GCGGCUCGGUUAGUCAGCUGGCCAGAUCAAGCUGAUCGAGUCAGCCGGUGUAUCGAACGCAAAAAACAGUUGAAUGCCGGCUAGAAUAUUCGGUUUUGCGUGUAGUUUAGCGAGAAAAUCGGCCAUUACGGGUUGAAAGUCGCGAGUGGAACGACGUGAAAUCACGUCCGGGCCGGAAAAUUAUCAUUUUGUGCAAAAAUCGCCGCUUUUCCGCCGGCUUUGGAAAAGUUUCCUUUGUUCUUCACGCCAAUCGAGGAACGGGUUUCAUGUUGGGGCCCUCUAACCUGACCAACCCCACACAAAAGCAACAUCCAGUAUUACCGCACCGAUCAAGUAUUAGAGCAAUCAGCAACCCGCUAAGUAUUAAACAGUACCAAAGACUAAACAAGUAACAAGAGACCGAACCAGUACAAAGACAUGUUUGUCCAAGCGUCCAGCAAUGUACAAAAGCGCUCGACCAGCGACGAUCUGGAGGACAUCACGAAGCUCUGCGAGCCGAAGGCCAGCGAUGUCCAGGAGCUGGCGCUGGAUGUGGUGUCGAAAAUGGUGGAAAGCUGGCUGGAUCCGACCAAUGUGAUCCAGGAGCAGCCGUGCGCCUGUCGGCAGGACGUGCUGGACCACAUUGGGACUCUCUGCCGGAUGACCGUUCCGGGACCAACGCUGGACAGGCGCCAGAAAUCCACAGAGAAACGCUCCAAAGAGCCCCACGACCAAAGCCAAAGUGAUAGGGCGACUUGCAAUGGAAACGAGAAACGGCCCAGGUGCAAUACGGGGGACAAAACAGCCUCGAGGGGUCCCAGUGAACAGGAAAAUGACAAUCGGAAGACGGCCAGCGAGUACUUCGAUCUAGUCGCCUUGCAUUUGCCCAUCAUUUUGAGGCUGUGCUUCGCCUGCCCGUUUGGCCGCGUCCGCGAGAAAUGCCGCAGCAUUCUGGAACUGGUGCGGAAACGGGAACUGCCCGCGCCUGUGCCCAUGGUGUUGGGCCCCAGCUCCUUCAUCCAACCAUCGCAGCUGCCUUUUAUGGGAACGUGCAAUGAAAAGACUCACACGCUGUUUGUUGACGCCUUCCUGCAGAAUAAUCGGCUCGACCAUGUGUCGCAGGUCAUGGGCUACCAUUCAUCCUAUUUGGAGCAGUUUCUCAAAACUCAAAACUACAUCCUUAGAGGAGACGGUCCCCUACCGUUCGACUAUCGGCAUUUCAUCGCUAUUAUGGCUGCCGGUCGGCACCAGUGCAGCUACUUGAUCGCGCUCCAGAAGCAGGAGUUCCUGCUGCAGGGCGGCGAUCAGAACUGGCUGAGGGGCCUCAAGUGCAUACCUCAGAAGCUGCGCAACCUUUAUGAUAUUAACAAGAUCUUGGCCCAUCGGCCUUGGCUGUUGCAUACUUCUCAUAUUGAGAAACUCACCAAGUGCGGCAAAGAUUCGUGGUCGCUGGCUGAAGUGGUGCACGCCAUCGUCAUUCUCACUCACUUCCACUCGCUUUGUUCGUUCGUGUUCUCCUGUGGAGUUAACCAGGAACUGGACCAUGCGGGCGGCUAUGAGUACCCAGGCGGGCAACCCUCUAGGGAGAACCAUGAUGGAGGGCACACCGCGCACUCGGCUCUUAGGAGGCGAGAGCUGGACUGGACGGACACGUUGGGCGCCUGCCCGCCCUCCCCGACGGAACCGGAAGUCGGCAUCACUACCCUCAUGCAACGAAUGAAAACGCUGUCGGAGCAAACUGAGGAGUGCACCCCGGUGGAGCUGGCGAAACGUUUCGAAAACAUCGAAGUGCAGUCGGCGGAACUAGGCGUGGUCGGGCCAGAGCCCCAAGAAACCCCGGCCGAUAUCAGCUACUUUGUGGACGAUCCGACCUUUCAGUACCAGGACUUUGCCAAGCGGGCCGAGAGCGACAUUCACACGUUCCGCGUCCAGGACUAUUCAUGGGACGAUCAUGGCUACUCAACAGUCAACCGGCUGUAUAACGACGUUGGCACGCUAUUGGACUCGAAGUUUAAAACUGCCUACAAUUUGACUUACAACACGAUGGGCGGUCGGACUGAUGUGGACACUUCGCGGUUUCGACGCGCCAUUUGGAACUACAUUCAGGCUUUGCUGGGCAUUCGCCACGACGACUACGACUAUGGCGAGAUCAACGCUUUGGUGGAAAAGUCGCUCAAGAGCUUCAUGAAAACGGCCUGCUGCUAUCCGGAGCGCGUCACCAAGAAGGUCUACGAUCGGGUGAUGAGGGAGUUCGAACAUAGCGAAAAGGUGCACGUGAACCUGAUGGUUUUAGAGUCGCGUAUGCAGGCCGAGCUCAUCUACGCCCUUCGCACCGUCAACCGCUACAUGACAAUGUAACUAAGUUUGUUUUCGUAUUCGUAAGUUUUUGUUCUUCUACCGAGUAAUUGUAUUUCAUUUUUCGCUGAUUAUUAUUAGCAUUCGUUCGGUUAGGGGGUGGUGCGCAAUAGUUGCGUGUCUUCCCCCCCGAAUCGGGUGGUAUUUGAAAUUGUUCGUUUAGUUUUGACCAUCCUGUACAUAGAUUUCGGUUGCCAAAUUGUCUUGCUCGCAUAUACAUUUGGUAGUUUUAUGAAGCAAACCUGAGUUUGCCGGCCAGCCAGUAUAUGCUUGCAAACGGCAACCGAAAGGCGGGACACUGAGGUCCCAUCAAAAUCAUAAAUCCCUAUAUUAUGUUACUGUAUAUAUAAUUUUAAAAGGCCUCAAUUCGGCGCGUGAAUAUUUAUACAGAGUGCGUAAUGAGGCCGAUUUGGAGACGCUCUUUGUACAUAGUAAUGUCGUUGUUAAAAUGGGUGAUAGGAGAUGGCCUGGAAUAAUUGUUAAAACUGAAAGGAAUCUUGACCUGUCGGUCGCCCCCUAUCGCCCCACCAUUAUUAUUACUAUAUAUAUUAUGUUUAUCACCUAUUAAUCGAUUUAAAAUAUUUUAUUACUAUUUUGGAGCAUGCUUAUAAUCAUUUUUAUAAUGUAAAUGAUCUGGAGGAAAUUUAUUAAGUUUGUGGAUGCCGUUUCAGCGACUUACACAAAAUAGAAACAAACAAGGCUGAAAUAAUGGGGGGAAGAAAAAACGUUCUAGCGUUGAAAUGGAGCGGGCCGCCUUACAAAGGCCCGCCCCAUUUGGACAACACUUAUCAGAACAAUGCCAUUUUUUAAAUGUAUUUAUAUAGUGUGUAAAAGUACAAAAUUUCUCCGAUUUGAUUCAGAUUCAGUUGCAUUGACUUAACUGAUGACGCCCAUCUACUGUUUCUUUUGCUAUUGCCUCAUCCCUGUCCAGGGCGCUGUUUCAUUGUGCCACAUUUUUUAUUGUUUUAGUACGAAUAACACUUGAUCUCAUUUUGUUGUACACUGUUCGUGGUCGUGGCGCCUUAUUGGGCACAUUUCGGUAAUUUAAUCAUUAAAUCGUUUCCCCCCGCACACAUAGUUAUUGUCAAUUUGAUAUAGCAAAAGAAACGGCGUGUUUUUUCGAUAAUUGAGGAUCGAUAUUGUAUAGUUUGGCUCCACUGGGCGGACUAGAAAUUGCGGUUUGCAGUCCGCUCUGUUAGCAGAUCGUGUGCAGGUUCAGUUAUAUCGCAUCGAUACGCUUCAUAUCUGACUGUGAUAUAGUUGAGGUACGACAGUGCAGUCGCUGUGAGUUGAAUUUUAGUUGAGGCAAACUUAGAGCGACGCUGCCGUCGUACCUCGGAGGCGUCGACCCGAUUGAUGGCAAAACAACAAGGCGGAUGGGGUCCGAGAUGGGCCCUCCCCUAUUUUGUGAUAUUUAUAUUAUUAUCAAUGUGAUCGUGUGAAUAGUUUUUUAGGACGUGUUUUUAAAUUUGACGUCCGAUAUUCGCCUCGACAAACUGCCAAACCCGAUUUUGUUUGUGCGGGCGAAUGCCGGCGCCUGAAAGCUGACCGGAAUACUUAUUUGCUAUAAAGAUCGAAAGAGUACAGAGAAUUAUUAUUAAUUUUUUGAUGUUUUUAACCGUUAGACUGCUAGUGAGACGUUAAUAUAAUAAUACACGCUAAGUUAAGUGGAAAAGUGUGAGAAAUCAAUAUAGUUUUUGAAAUUUA